UAAAUGGUUAGUCCUUACUCACUCUCAAGAGUAAGACCUCCAUUAAGGUCUCCAUCAACAUGGCAAGCAGUAGCAUUACAUCAAGGACCUUAUCUUUCAGGAGAGGAUUCCAGGGCGGCAGCAUACAGGCUGGAGGAGGAAUAGGACUCUCUGGGGGUCAAAUCUUCCAAGCCUCUAAAGGAGCCAUUAGUGGAGCUUAUAGAUCUGGUUUAGGUCUUGGUGUAGGUCUUGGUUCAGGGAUUGGAGCAAGCUCUGCUGCAGGUUUUUUUGGUAGUGGGCUUGGAAGACGUGUUGGGUUUGGAGUUGGUGGUAUUUUUGGAGGUGGUGCAGUGUUUGCAGGUGAUCCAGAGUUUGCAGGUGAUGCAAGAUUUGGAGGUGGUGGGUUUAGAAGUCAUGCAGGGUUUGUAGGUGAAGAGGCUGUUGGUAUCCUUGGCAAUGAGAAGUUCACCCUAAGAAUCCUUAAUGACCGUUUGGCCUCCUACCUGAAAAAGGUGCAAUUGUUGGAAAGGACCAAUGCAGAGCUUGAGCUGAAGAUCAGUCAAUUUGUUGGGAGCAGGACCUCACCUGCUGAACGGGACUUCUCUGACUCUUUGACUAUCAUUGAUGAUCUCCAUGACAAAAUUCUGGGAACUCUCCAGGUGAAAAGUGUCAUCUUUCUCACCCUUGACAAUGUCAACUUGUCUACGGAUGAUUUCAGGAUUAAGUAUGAGAACGAGUUGGCCCUUCGUCAGACACUUGAGGCUGAUGUUGCUGGGCUGAAAAGGCUGCUAAACGAUAUCAACCUGAGCAUAGGAGAGCUCACUCUGCAUAUCGACACGCUGAUUGGUGAGAUGACCUACCUUAAGAGGAGCCAUGAGGAGAAAAUGGUGAAUACACGUAGCCGGAUGAGCGGACAGAUUCAUGUAGCGGUGGAGGCCCCACCCCAGCAGGAGCUCACCAGUGUCCUGGAAGACAUCCGUGAUCACUACGAGACCGUCACUGCCAAGAACCAGAGAGAACUUGAGAGCUGGUUCAAGAGCAAGGUGGUGACUGUUGGAACUGUAUUGCCCGCAAUAAUACCACCCCAAACAGAACUGAGUGCAGAGAAGACCACAGUGCAGUCUCUGGAAGUUGAGCUCCAGUCUGUUACGGCCAUGAAAGCAUCCUUGGUGGAACAACUUUCAGAGACAGAGAAUUUCUAUGCAGCACAGCUGUCAGGAUUCCAACUGCAGGUAACAAAUAUGGAGGAACUGCUGCUGCAGCUUCGCGCUGAUCUCGAGCGUCAAGGUUAUGAUUAUCAGAUCCUAUUAGACCUCAAGACCAGAUUGGAGAGGGAGAUCACUGACUACAGGAGACUGCUGGACAUAGGAGUCCAUAUAGGUUUCUCCAGUGACUUCAGUACUACCAGCAAGAUCUCCACUACUAGAUUCUUAAAGGUAGAGAAGACGUGUGAAGGAUCAAAAGGCAAGGAAAACUUGGAAACAACUAAAUAAACACUGGAGUGCCUUUCACUAAGCUUUUCAGCCCAAUAAUAAAGAUUACACUUAUGUA